GGGUCGGGUCAGGUCUGGUACUUUGAGCGUUGGUAGAAGGCUGCUCGCGGGCCUUUCCCUCGGCCUUUCCCUUUCUGGGAUCCCUUCCUCCAUCCCACUGGAUCGAGGCAGGCCGUCGCCGGGCAGGCCCGGUCUGGCUAGGAAUACCCGUGAGUGGCACCCCUGGACCAACCUUCGUUUUUGAUCCCGGGACUGACCGUUGCUGAAGCCGCUGAGAAGUUCGUUGGAUUGGGCCUCCACCCACCUGAUCAUGUUGGAGAAGGAGCAUGGCGUGUUGGAAGCGGAGACCCAGGCUUCUCAGAAUACCCGCGAUACGCUGUAUUUGUGCAAUUUCCGGGUAUCGGUGGACGGGGAGUGGCUGUGUUUAAAGGAGUUGGCAGAUCUUCCCCCACCUGCCGAGGAUGGGGCCGCCGAAUCUGUCCCGGGACCUCGGCCUGACCUCGAGCAACUUAUUCAUUAUCCCGAUUACCCAUUCGGACGCCGGGAGCGAGAUCCCGUUAUCAUCGAGCGAAGUAACCUGGUGAAUAUUCUCAAAUUGGUCAUCAAGGAGGUCAUUGAUUCCAGUCUCAAGUUCGGGCGACAACUCGAUUCGGAUCACAUUCCGCUCCAGCAUUUCUUCAUUGUUUUGGAACAUGCCCUCAAACAUGGAUUAAGACCCAAGAAAGGUUUACUGGGGCCGAAAAAGGAGCUCUGGGACUUGUUGCAAUUGGUGGAAAAACGUCAUUCCGAAGCGGUGGAUAUCACAGCCAGUGUUCGGGAUCUUCCGACUGUCAAAACCAAUCUCGGUCGUGCUCGAGCCUGGCUUCGUUUAGCGUUAAUGCAGAAAAAAAUGGCCGACUACUUCAGAAUCCUGGUGGAACAAAGAGACGACAUUCUCUCCGAAUAUUACGAACCUCGUGCUUUACUCCGAUCAGAAGAGGCCACACUCAUCGUCGGUCUCUUAGUCAGUUUGAAUGUGGUUGAUUGUAACCUUUGUGUCAAGGAAGAAGAUCUCGAUUCCCAACAAGGGGUCAUUGACUUCUCCUUGUAUUUGAGGCACAAAAAAGAUAUGGCUCGGGAAAAUGAAGGUCAAUUUGUCGACGAGUCCUCAAACCAAAUGACGGCUGUGUUAGAUCAAAAGAACUACAUUGAAGAACUCAAUCGGCAUCUUACAGCUACCGUUACGAACUUGGAAACCAAGGUAGAAAGUCUGACCACUACCAAUGCCCUAAUGCGAGAAGAUUUAGCCAUUCACAAGGCUUUAUUAGCCAAGGCUCUCGAGGAUAAUAAACGCCUGAGUCUUCAGGUUUCACCCAUAUCCAACUCAAAUCAAAAUGAUUCUUCGCUCCCUGUCCAAUUAGAGAACAGCCCAGUACCAGCCAAAGAAAACCACUCAGACUUGAAAAAUCAACUCCAGAAUGUGACCCAGAAAAAGGAGAAUGCCGAGCAAGAGCUCAAGCUACAGAUAAGCAUGAAGGCGGAAAUGGAAAUGGCCAUGAAACUAUUAGAGCGUGACGUACACGAGAAGCAAGAUACGAUAAUCGGACUACGAGAUCAGUUAGAGGAAAUCAAGGACAUCAAUUUGGACAUGUACACGAAACUCCAGGAAUGUGAAAAGUCCCUUGGGAUGAAAUCGAUUUUGAUCUCCAAAUUGGAGGGAAAAUGCUCCUCUGUGUCAGAUAUACUUGAAAAGGCAGAUACUAAGCUGUCGAGGUUGGAGGCUGAGAACGCCCGUAUGAGAAUGGAUCGAACAAAUUUCGAGAGCCAAUCUGCCCAACAACGUCAAGAGAUGCUUCAAUUAAAGGCAGAUCUUGAGAUUGAGAGGGAAUGGAGAAAACGAUUGGAGAUCUCCAAUCGACGAGAUCGAGCUACUCUCCAAGAUCUCACUCGGGAGAAUGAAAUCUUGAAACAAGUUGAAAAAGGCUACAACUCGGUGAAGACGGAAAAUGACAAUUUAUCUGCUCGUGUCAAGGAGUCGGAGAAAGCCUUGGCUGAACUUGGAGAUCACCUCUCUCGAAGCAAAUUAGAAGCCGACAAACUCCGGGAACGAAUCGUUCCAUUGGGACAAUGGCAAAGCGACAAGGACGUAGAGCAAUGUCAAAACUGUGAUAAGACAUUCAAUUUGUCAAGGAGAAAGCAUCAUUGUCGAAGUUGUGGACGUAUCUUCUGCGUGGCUUGCAGCGAUAAUAAGCUAGCGCUGCCUUCAUCGUCCCAACCCGUUCGAGUUUGCGAUAUUUGUUAUUGGGAGAUUAUGCAACACGGAACAAUAUAGAGGACAUGAUGUUUAUCAUCAUUUUACGAAAAGAA